GGGCGGCGGACGCGUGUCUCCGCUGCCGCCGAGGUGCGUUUAGCUCAAAGCUGCCGAAACGACUUUUCUGUCCAGGUGUUGAAGUCCCCGCGGAUCCGCUCGCGGCUCCGCUCGCUGCUUCUGCGGUGAUUACUGUAGUUUCCCGGAAGUGACGUGGGCUAACGCCCGUUUUAACGGAAUUCUAAUGACGGCUAGCCGGUCGCAGCUAACCGGCUAAGAGCAGUUCGGAGGGAACUUGCCCGUUAACGUCCGCCAGCUCGGUGGUUCCAGGACUGAACGCGGCGCUGCAGCGGUUCAGGAUCGGGCUUUGUUGCGUCAUGUAGCUGCUCCUCCGACACUUUAACCUGACGAAGAGCGGGACGAGGCUCAGGGUUGGCUAGGCGGUUGCCAUGGAGCCGGCCUGGCGACAGCAGGGUCGGGGCCGAGGCCGGGGCCAGGAGGGUCAGGGCGAGAGGUCACGACCUCCGCAGAAAGCCAGGGAGAGGCCGGGAGCUGCUGUGGCAGGAGGAGCCGCAGGAGUGCGGGGGGCAGGACGAGGAGGGAGGACGAAGACUGCCACAACACCUGAACCUGAGCCUCCAGGCGGUGCGUCGGUCCAGGCCAAGUUCGAGGAGAUCAGAAGGUCCAACCAGGCCGCUGCCCAGCGACUGGUGGAGAGCCGUAUCAGCUCCUCCUCCUCUGAUGAAGAUGAUGACGAUGAUGAUGGAGAAGUUGACCAUGGGGAUGGAAAGAGAGGGAAGAUCCUGGCGUCGACCUUCACCACCUACACUGACCAGACAGGUGGUGAUGCCACAGGUCUGCUCAGGACUGGUCAGUAUGUCAGCGACCUGUUUCAGUCUGGAGCUCUCACCUGUCUGAUCUGCAUCGCCUCCGUCAAGAGGACACAGCCGGUGUGGAGCUGUUCCAGCUGUUUCUCCCUCUUCCACCUCCCCUGUAUUCAGAAAUGGGCCAGAGACUCGGUCUUCCUCGUCUCCUCCGUCACCGAUGAAGACUUUGGUCAGAAGCAGCAUCCCUGGCCCUGUCCAAAGUGUCGAGCUGAGUAUCCACCCAGUGCGACGCCCAACAGGUACAUGUGUUACUGUGGGAAGCUGCAGGAUCCUCCAGCUGACCCCUGGUUGGUUCCUCACUCCUGCGGCUCAGUCUGUCAGAGGGAGCUGAAACCCACCUGUGGACACGCCUGUCUGCUGCUCUGUCACCCUGGUCCCUGCCCUCCGUGUCCAAAGAUGGUGUCAGUUUCCUGUUUGUGCGGCAAAGCUAAGCCCCUCCCCCGUCGCUGUAGCAACAAGGCCUGGUCGUGUCAGCAGCAGUGUGGCAAGUUGUUACCCUGCAGACAGCACACCUGUUCACAGCCCUGUCACACAGAGUGUUCUCCCUGUCCCAGAGUCAGCGUUCAGAGGUGUGUGUGUGGUAGAGAGGAGGCAGAGAGACCCUGCGCUAGCCCCGAGUGGAACUGUCAGCAGGUGUGUGGUUCUCUCCUCUCCUGUGGGAAUCACACCUGUGAGGUCGCGUGUCACGACGGAGUUUGUCCUCCGUGUCCUCGCUCCGUCAGCAGAUCCUGUCCCUGCGGCAAGACCAAGUCAUCUCUGCCAUGCACAGAGGACGUGUCGCUGUGCGGUGACACAUGCGACCGCAGUCUUUCAUGUGGAAAACACACCUGUUCAAUGAGGUGUCACCGAGGGAGCUGCGAGACCUGCAGACAGGAGGUGGAGAAGGAGUGCAGGUGUGGUAAAUACAGGAAGCUGAUGCCGUGUCAUAAAGAAUACCUGUGUGACUCCAAAUGUCCAAAAACCAGAAGCUGCCAGAGACACCAGUGCAGGAGGAAGUGUUGCCCUGGUAACUGCCCCUCCUGCGACCAGAGCUGUGGUCGAACUCUCGGGUGUCGAAACCACAAGUGUCCCUCCGUCUGUCACCAAGGUAGUUGUUAUCCCUGUCCAGAGUCGGUGGAGGUCAGAUGCACAUGCGGUUCAACUGUCUUGUCCGUCCCUUGUGGUCGAGAGAGGAGCACCAAACCACCUCGCUGCAAAGAGCCCUGCGGGUGUCCUCCAUCCUGCCACCAUCUGACCAGAGAGACGCACCGGUGCCACCCCGGCCCCUGCCCCCCCUGCAGACAGACCUGCCUGCUGCCGCUGCCCAGCUGCAGCCACACCUGCCCACAGCCCUGCCACGACCUGGUGCUGGUCAAGUCGCAGCAGGUUCAGUUAGCGGGUCCGUGGGAGCAGCCGUCUGAACCGGCGUUUGUGAAGAAAGCUCUGCCCUGUCCGCCAUGUCAAGUGCCAAUACCAACGGCCUGUUUUGGAGAACAUGAGGUCAGCCCGGUGCUUUGUCAUCGCCGGGGUCGAUUCUCCUGUAAACGACCUUGCGGACGACCUUUGACCUGCGGAAACCACAACUGCAGCAGGGAGUGUCACCUGGUUACCGACGGCAACAAGUGUGAAGUGUGUGAGGAGGGCUGCUCUAAACCCCGCCCUCCCGGCUGCCCCCACCCCUGCCCCCGUCCCUGUCACCUGGGAAGUUGCCCCCCCUGCAGCCAAAUGAUCCGCCAACGCUGCCACUGCAAGAUCAGCAUGCUUUACGUGGAGUGCACGAAGUUGACAUCAGCUGAUGAAAAGAUGAAGGUGGAGCUGGGCUCCUGCAACAACCAGUGUCCUAAAGAGCUGAACUGUGGUCAUCGCUGUAAGCAGGUGUGUCAUCCAGGUGUGUGCGAGGAGAAAUGUCAGCAGAAGGUGAAGCUCCGGUGUCCCUGCAAGAGGAUCAAGAAGGAGUUCCCGUGCUCUCUGUCGGCUCAGUGUGUUGUUCUGUGUGACGACGCCUGCAGAGACCAGCAGAGGAAAGUCAGCCAGCUGAAGGAGGCGGAGCAGAAAGCAGCUCAGGAGGAAGAGCAGAGGAGACUUCAGGAGGAGCUGGAGGCGUUCGAGAAGCGUCAGCAGCGAGGAGGUCGGAGGAGCAAGAAGCGGGGGAGGCGGGAGGAGGCGGACGACGAGCAGGCGAGGGCGGGGAGGUGGUGGAGGAGGUGUGCCGCCUUCGUCCUCGUGCCGCUGGGCGGAGCUCUGCUGUCUGCCGCCGCCUACUACCUCCUGACCACGCCCUGAACCGGCACACGACAUACAUGUUAACGGGAACAUGUGAGCGCGCAGCCGCUGGGCUCUCAGCUCUGUUUCUGUUUUCGUUCGACUGUCAUGAGUUUGUUCUGUUGACUUCUCUCUGUGAUUCUCUGUACGUUAGCGUUAGUGCUUCUGUUGAACGGUGUUUCAGUUUAAUUUGUUCCUGUUGGAAGUUACGUGACGUUUGAGUAUGAUUUAAAAUAACCAGUGUAAACAAUAAUAAACAAUGUGAUUAGGGCUGCAACUGACGAUCAUUUUGUCUAUAAAAUGACAGUUAAUAGGGGAAAAUUGCCCACGGACCAUAUGUCUUGUCUUGUCAAACUAAUAGUCCAGAAUCCAAAGAAAAAACAUCAAAACGCUGAACUGGAGCUACAACUGAUGAUUUUUUUUUUUUUUAAUAAUCAAUUUAAUCAUUUAGUUGAAAAAGAGCCCAAGUUCAUAUCAUCAAAUGUCUUAUUUUGUUUGACCAACGGUCCAGAACCCAAAGAUAUUCAAUUCACUGUAACUUUUAAAACAAGGAAAAGUGUUGAAUUCUCGCAAGUUCACCGGCUACGUUAGGGAGAAAAAAAUAAAGGAGUAAAAUCGAGAUUGUUGUUUGAUCUGUCUUGUAUCUGCUGAAAGUUUCCAAAAUUAAACUAGAGACCAUGUUGUGACGCCCGUCAACACCCGUCCUCAUUUUUAUCGCAGUGACAGAAUCUGUCCACGGCCCGACGGACGGGGGAAAACAACACCAGCGCCGCCCUCGUGGCCGCUAAACAUUACGUGAGACCGGAACGGAUUAGAUAUUCAGAGCGGGUAGGUAAAGGUGACUAGUGGAGGAUUAGGAGCACGUUUGCCUAAUGUUUGACAGCAGAAAACAACUGGGCUUUAGAAGGGUAAACCCACUGUAACCCACAAUGGGCGUUCAGUUAAGUACAUUGACAGGAGCUAUGAGCUCAUAUUGGUCCUUAAUCAAAUGAAGAUGCUGCAGAUUGGCUGAAUACUAACCUGUCUUAAGAUGUGUUCAGACUCGACACGAUGCUAAGUUCCACCUUGCUUAAUUCUUUCAUAUUUGACUGCUGCUGUUGCAGAACGUGUUUGUUCGACCCAAACAGGAAAAGAAACCGGUGCAUCCAGGCCUUCUAGCUUCUGUAGUUCGGCAGCUCACCGUCAUGGUCAGUAGUUUCAGCGGCACCAGCAGAUCGUGGAGGAGAUUAAGAUACUUUAAAACACAAAUUUUUAGAGUCAGUGUGACUUCCACUUCCAAUGUCCAUCGAGAAUAAACCCCCAUAAAUCCAUUCAGAAGUUACAGGAAAAAAAAGCUCCUUAUAGCUGCAGAACCUGCCUGAUAAUCUUCCUGUUUUUAAGUUUCCCUCAGUAUCACAGUGACCCUGUGGCAGUUGUCUGAAUCUCCACGGAUACAGUGACAACAGGAGCUGAUCACAGCUGGUUCAGCAGCUUUUAAUGGGACAGUUUGACUGAAUGUGAACAAAUAUAGGCUAAAAAACAGGGUUAAAGAUGUAGCUCAGCUCAAUGGACUGCUACACCCGCCAAGGUGAGCGUCGUGACCGAUGGACACAUCUGAAGGAGUCAGGAGACGAGUUUCAAUUUGUAAAGAGGAAGGGAAACAGUGAAGAAGAUAUUGUGUAAUGUCAGUAAUAGAUAAUCAUGCAAACAUAACUUCUGCUCAAUCAGAAUCUGAAAACCACACUUAAGGAUUCUGUCUCUGGAAUUUAUCAUCACGGAAUGUUCUGCCAUUUUAUUUAAGUUAUUUAAAAAAAUAAGUUCCUUCAGAAAUUUGACCAGUGCACCAUUUUAAAAACAGAUGAACUUGACCCUGCAGGUCGUAGUCAUCCAUCAAGAGUGUCCCACGUUUGUGUUGAGCUGUUUUCUAGUUUUCUGUUCUCCUUGUCUCCUCAUGUCUAAGAGGAGGAGUCACCAAGCUCCAGGAUGAGCUCGUAUUUGGUUCAGCCAGAACUCAUCAACACAUCCCUGAUUAUCAGUAUAAGCUGAACAAGAACUUAACGUGUAAAUCGAUACGUUUUAUUGUUAGUUUUGAAUAAUCUCCUGCUUUCCCUGGGUGUUUGUGUCAGUUUGCUUUCCACACAGAGGUGAAGAAAAGUCUCCAAACGCAAAGAAAACCCCCUGAGAAUAAUUUGCCUUGAUUAGUUCAGUUUCCAGAAACAAUCAGUGAUGUUAAAGUUAAAAGUGUGGCCGCGUCAGGACUGGAUGCUGCUGUCACUCCCGAAUUAAAAACAAAGUUAUUACGUCAUCGUCACAAAUUUUACUUGCUCUCUGUAAUUUGUUCUCAUGUUCUGUAUAUUUUAAAGUGUGUUGAUAUGCAAAGUUCAAAUGAAUUUUGAAACUUUUUGUCUCAAAACCUGUAAAGAAAGUUCCUAACUGAUCUCGAAAUGUAAGAUGCGAAGUUUGUGAUUGAUUCAUUUAUUGGGAUUUAUGUAGAAGAAAGUCCGAUGUUAUAAUAUUUUGAUGUUAAGAUGUCUCAGUGAGCGAAAAGAAGUCUUUCACGUUGGUGCUGAAAUGUUAAAAAUAUGUUUGGAUAUAUUUUCAAAAAUAAA